AUGCCUUUCCGUCAUCGUCGUCAUCAUCAUCGCCUCCCUUUCCUCCAACUCACCCCUCACUGCUUUCUCCCAUCCCCCGCAGGCGCCUCAUUUGGAGAAUCCAUGUACGGCCUUCGCCGCAUCUCCACCGUUCCCCACCGCCCUUCACCCAGCCAAGCAGCAUUACGAACAGGGGGCGCAGCAGGGGGAGCAGCAGGGGCGGAGGGGGCAGGCAGAGGAGAGAGGGCGGCAGGGGGUCAGGAGGGCGGGUCAGCAUCAUAUGGCAUGUCUCGCAAGCAGGGGCGCUUUCUCUUCUCUUUCUGGUCAGUGCCCCUGCCAAGCUGUGCGCUCUGUUUGCUGCCCGCCAGAGGCAAAGACAGGCCGGCUCUUUAUAUCGACUCAACUACACCCCAUACCCCCUACCACAUACCAGGUGCUGCUGCCCUACCUGCGCGCCAAGCUCCACGCCCUGUUUGCCGCCCGCUAGAGGCAGAGGCAGGCCCGCUCUUUAGGUCGACUCAAAACACUCCCUACCCUCUACCACAUACCGCAUACCAGGUGCUGCUGCCCUACCUGCGCGCCAAGCUGCAUGCUCUGUUUGCCUUCCGCCAGAGGCAGAGGCAGGCCCGCGCGCUGUGGGUGGGGGGCGAUGGGGCGGACGAGGGGUGGGGGGGAGUGGAGGAGGGGGAGUGGGGGACGGGGAGGGAUGGGGGAAAUAAUGCUGCUCUGGGGCAAGGGGAUGGGGAUGGGUAUGGGGAUGAGUAUGGUGGGGCCAUGGGAGGUGAAGAGCGCAGUGAGAGUGGCAGCAGCCCUGGGAGCAUGGGCUCUGUUGGUUCCCUGCAUGGGCACGAACAGUCAGCUGAUGGGCUGGGGACUGAUGGAUUGAGGGAUGAAACGCCAGGGGGUGGGGGUGUGGCAGCAGCAGCAGCAGCGGCAAGAGUUACGGAUGGGCGUGAAGAGGGAGGAGAAGGAGAGGAGGAGGUGGGCGGGCAAGGGGGGCAGGUGGUCACAGGAGGGGCUGCUGCUGGCAGUUCAGAUGCCAGAGGCAAUGGGGGAAGGAGGAGCAGUGCAAUUGGCAGCAGCAGCAGCAGGAGCAGUGCGAGGGGCAGCAGGAGGUGGCGGCAGGUGGUGCGAGUGCUGCGGUGGUUGCAGCGGCGGGCUGUGAGAGGGGCCGCUGCCGCGUACCCCUGGGUGCAGGCGCCAUAUGAAGGCGUGUGUCUGCUGUACCAGCUGCUCUACGUCAUGGACGCCACGCCUCACUACUCGCCCGUACUGCACCUCCUCUCCCUCUCGCUGCGCCGAGCCACUCCACAGGAGCUGAUGCAUGCAUCUUCUUCUCUCCCAUCCCUGCCGUCUAGGCAGAUGCAUGCAUCUUCUUCUCUCCCAUCCCUGGCGUCGGCAAGUGCCUCAGACCCAUCGCCCCUCCCCUCCCACCGUGCAGGCCGAGGCCUCUUCCUCCAUCUCCACCCGCCGUCAGCGAGAGUUCGAGCGCCUCCCGGGGUCACCUGCAAUAAGGGUGAGAUAUUGGGCCAAGCCGUGCAAGCAGCGCUCCUGAAAGCCCUCUACUUCACAAUGGACUAUGCCCAGACGUCUGUCAUCGCUGCGGUCUUUGCCUUCAAGGUGGCCCCUGCAGGCAUUCCCGUGCCUGCCGAUCGCUCCCUGUGUCCGCUCUGCCUCUGCCGUCGCACCAACCCCACCGCCCCUGCCACCUCCGGCUUCAUCUUCUGCUACCCCUGCAUCUUUGCAUACGUGGAUAAGGUUGGCUGUGACUCCGGCUUCAUCUUCUGCUACCCCUGCAUCUAUGCCUACGUGGACAAGGCAAGUAAUCCUUUUGGUCGCUGCCCCAUCACCCACCACCCCACCACAGUGGACCAACUUAGACGACUCUUCCCCGACGCAUAG